UAGAAUUUCCAACAUAAGGCAGCAUUCAGGCCACGGCACAGGACAAUACGAUGAGUGGUUGUGUUUAGGUCCGGGUUAAAACAUAUCUGGGAUACUUUUUUUUUUAAUUUUUGUUUUCAUUUUUUAUUUUUGACAUUUGAGUCUUUCACCUUUUAUUUGGAGUUCUUUUUUUUUUGCAUCGUUUUGUCAUGAUGCGGAUACUCGCUGCGGCAAUCCUCUUGUUGUCGCUUCUGAAAGUGUCUGUGUGUAUUCAGGUGAAUGUUGCCCAGACGGAGCGCAGCACUCCUCUUUUUGGCUCUGUGAUUCUCCGCUGUGACUUCUCCACCUCUGCAAAUCCCCAAGAGGUCAUCCUUACCUGGAGGUUCAAGUCCUUCUGCAAGGACCCGGUUCUGGAGUACUACUCCACAGCAUACCAGUCUGCACUACAGCUAGGGCAGGAUCCAGCCAAUGACUGUCCAGAUCGUCAGAGGACAGUGCGCACUGUGGUCCAGAAGAGAGGGACCAAUGAGCCCAUACUGGGAGCAGAGUACAGGGAACGCAGGAUCACCGUCCAAAAUAAGGCAGACCUGGUGAUCAAUGAGGUGAUGUGGUGGGACAACGGCGUCUACUUUUGCAGCGUUGAGGCUCCUGGAGACACCACUGGAGACUCUGACAAAGAAGUCAAGCUCAUUGUCUACCAUUGGUUAACUGUGUUGGGAAUCGUCCUCGGCGGCGUCCUCCUCAUCAUCCUCUUGGGUAUCUGCUGCUGCCAGUGCUGCCCCCAGAAAUGCUGCUGCUACGUUCGCUGUCCCUGCUGCCCACAGAGAUGCUGCUGUCCUGAAAAAGCGGUGAUGCAGUAUCGUAUGAUGAAGGACGCUCAGCGGGCCAUGGGCCCCUGGAUGGGAGGACAGCCAGUGUAUGCACCAAUGACAAACGCCUCCUCGCAGAUGAACCCACUGCUCUACGCAGGAUCUGUUUCAGGGAAGAACAUUCCUAUGAACCCAAUGCCGCUCCCCCCUCCUCAGUCUACAGCUUACAGCAUGCCUGUUCCCAGUGUCCACGGCAGCCACAGCCACACCCCCGCCAAUACCAAUAACAUGCUUGAUUACCUGGAGAACCAGGUGAGGGGGAUGGACAUGACCAGUCCUCUGCUACAGUCCCAGCCACCUCCACAUAUGCACAUGCAGCAGGCCCCGCCUCCUCCGCAGCACAUGACCCACAACAUCCCAUUUUCCCCCGGCCCCCCCAGCAUGAUCUCUGCCCUCGACGACGCGCCAACGGAGCGUCGCAUCAUUACACUUCCCCCCAUACGGGAGCAGGGCAGAAAUCCGCCCCCUGCGCCCAAGUCUCGCCCCCCGAGCUCUAGCGAGAGCAGCCGCAGCGGCUUCGGCCGUCACGACGAUCGAGGGGGAGCGGGGAGACGUUAUCCUUCGCCCCCCAGGUCAAGAGGCAUCCCCCGGAGCUACAGCGAGGAAUCCCUGGACGGGCGGAGUCGCAGCAGGGCGCGCGGGGGCAUGGACCGCCCUCGCUCCCGGUCCAGGGAUGACUUGUUUGACAGCAGGUCCAGAGGAAACUACUCCCCCCCGGCGUCUCGACGUUCAAGAGGUUCCUGGAGCUCAGAUGAUGAGGGCAGCAGCAGGAGAGGUGGAGGAGGAGGGGGAGGAGGAGGAGGAGGAGGGAGAAGAGGAGGCGGAGGCGGAGGCUGGAGUGACAGACCUCCCGGCUACACCGAGUAUGAGCCGGGACAGAAACCAGGAGGACGGAGGAACUACUCUGACAAGAGUUCUCGCAGUGGUACCAGCGUCGUCAUCUGAGCCCUCCAGCUGUGAAACGCCCUGUGACCUCUGUUCCAGAGAACACGCACAACUCGCUGGCCUUGUCUGGUUACUGGUAAACUGUUUUAAAAAAGGGCCGACGUUUUUAUCUAUUAAAAUUAAUAAUGCACUAAAUGUUUUAUUACCCUUUGAUAGGUGAAAAUAUCACAGAAGGACUCAUACAUUAUGAAAGUCUCAUACAUCCCUGAUAAUCCUACUCAAAGUGUGCAGGUGGUAAGCAAAUGCGAUGAUUUUUAGAUACUGGUUGAAGACCACAAACAAGAUAAUACUUCCAUCUGCUGGUUGGUUGUUGUAAUGAAAAUAUUGUGACGGGACCUGCACCAAAGUCCUCCUGUUGAAUUAGUUCAUAUGUUGCAUGUGCUCUUAAUUUGGCACUACAUUUAAGCUUUAAUUUGAUGUAGCCACAAGACAAAAAUCUAUGAAGUGCAGAAGAAAAUGACUCUCAGGGCCAGUAAACUUUUUUUUUUUAACAAUUGCUGUUACAUUAGCCUAGAACUCGUUAAACCUACACAAAUAUGAAAAAAAUAAAAAUUAAACAAAACUGGUGAACACUAAAAUUAGUUUGUAGCUUUUAAACACUUUUGUAAAUAUGUUUUUAUUAUUUGUCAUAUUUCCUGGAUGUCUUGAAGCGACUAUAGUGCUUUUGUUUUACUGAUGUUUUUGAAUGAAAGUGUGUGUGCACCAUAAGCCAGCUGGUUUUAAAACUGUAUAAGGUGGACUGUGUAUUUAAAAUGUGUGCUCAUCAAUAGAUGUAGUGCUAAGGUAAAAAAUAGUAACUGACCUGAUGCGGAUGCAGGAAACGAAUGUUGUGAGUUUCUUUAUUUUUUACCGUUUUAGCACAAUAUAAAAAUGCAAAUUUUUUUUUUUUUUUUUUUGGACUGUUUUUGACAGUUUUGGAAACACAUCAUGUUUCACUUUAAUGGUACGUUUCAGGAAUACUCGGUGAAGUAAAAAUCACUUAGAUUUAGAAUUUAAGCUUUUGACUUUAAUUAAUGUUCAUUACAAUAUUUUUCUCUUGUUUUUACACUGUACAGCCAGUUUGUGUCUAUUAAUAAUAUUGAUAAUAAAGUUUGCCCUUUGGGUACACCAAAA